CACUCUGCCUCAGGAGGGUAAUCAUGUUUCUCAGAAGUACUCUGCUGGGAAUUACUCUUUUCAGCAUCCUCUGGACAGAAACUACUCUGGCUGGCUCUAGUUUUUUAAGCCCUGAAUAUAAAAAAACACAGCAACAAAGGUAUCCAAAAAACCCCACAGCACAAUUACAUCGUCGAGACACAGAAGGUUUUUGGGAAACAGAUGAAGCAGGGGCAGAAGAUGACAGAAGCAGUAUUGAAAUUAAGUUCAAUGUUCCUUUUGAAAUUGGUGUCAAGAUAACAGAAGAAGAAUAUCAAGAAUAUGGACAAGUGCUGGAGAAGAUGCUAGGGGACAUGCUUGAGGGGACUGCUAAAGAAACUCAGAUGAGAAACUGAGGCAAGAUGAAGGACAAAUACAGCACUAGAUGGCCUGUUUUGUUUUAAAUUUUACUUUAAAAUGAAAUUAUUACUAAUUUCACAACUCUAAAGAAGAAGGAAGUAUGUGAACCUGAACAGUUUGCCCUGACAGACUUUGGAAUGGAUUAUCUUUUAAGGAAGAAUACAAGACCUAGAGUCAAAAAAAAGAAAGGGCAAGGUUAAUCACAGGCUGACACAUAGGCUUAUUUUCUUAUUUUAUCUCUUUUCCUUAGUAAAUAUAGCGAUUAUUCUAAAUGACAUGUUUGAAGGCUAUAUGAAUCCUCCCUAAAACUGGUGGAAACGUCUUCUUAUGCUUCUGUACACAUAUAUAAUAGAGAAUAAAGCUUAUGCUGAAACUGCA